UUAAAAGUGGCAUGUAACUCCAUUGUUUUUGGUACUAACACUUCAAAUGUUUUUAUUGAAGGUGUGUUUUAAUACAUCCUACCAAAAUGUGCGAAAAACGCAAUUGGUUAGGGCCUUUAUGAGUUAAAGUAACGAUAUAUUUUUUAACAAUACAUACUCACAUACACCACUUCUUUUCAGCUUACUUAUACAUUUCUUGCAUUUAAUGGUUUAUGAUGAGAACAAAGUGGAUAAAAAUCACUACCCUGUACUUCUGCUGCAUGGCUGGCCCAGCUCAAUACGUGAAUUUUAUCCGCUAAUACAUAAACUUCAUCAGACACACCUGGAUAAGAAAAACAAAUAUAUUUUUAAUGUUGUGGCGCCUAGUUUGCCAGGGUUUGCGUGGUCACAGGGCGCAUCGAAAGUGGGCCUAGGCCCCGUACAAGUGGCUGUAAUCAUGCGCAAUCUUAUGCUGCGUUUGGGCUAUAAGCGAUUCUUCAUACACGGUAGUGAUAUGGGUUCCCUAGUUGCUUCUCAUAUGGCUACGCUAUUUCCAGAGAAUGUACUUGGAUAUCACUCAAAUUUGUGCGCUGUCUUCACGGAGCGGUCGCUUGUGAAAGGCUUUAUAAAUGCAGUGAAAUCCAAUAUUUUCGGCGCACAUGGCUUUGAAGCCAAUUUCUUGCCACAUUGGGAGCCCAUAAAACAUCUGAUCGAAGAAAGUGGCUACUAUCAUUUACAAGCUACAAAACCAGACACAAUUGGAGCUGUGCUCACCGACAACCCGAUUGGCUUAGCUGCCUACAUACUAGAGAAAUGGUCCUCGCUUACUAAUAGGAAGUAUAAAGAAUCUGCCAAUGGCGGUUUGAGUGAACGUUUCAAGCUGGAUGCACUCCUGGAUAAUGUUAUGCUAUAUCACUUGACGAAUUCGAUAAUUACUUCCUCACGUCUAUUCGCCGAAACUCAUUCUCAGCAGCAACGUGAGUUGCAAAUGGAUUGGGUUCCAACUGAUGUGCCGACCGGUUGUGCACGUUUCAAGCAUGAUUUGAUACACUUUUACGAUAAUCAGUUGAAAGAUAAAUAUCGUAAUUUGAUUCAUAGCAAAUAUUAUAGCAAUGGUGGACACUUUGUGGCGCUGGAAAUGCCCCAGUUGUUGUAUGCGGACUUUAUAGAAUUUGUAAAAAAGGUGGAGAAGUUUAGCAGUAGUCUAGCUUGGUUUUAAGUUUUCUAAAUCAGAUUUAACUAAGUUUAAGAACGAAAAUUUUUUAUUAACGAUUGUAUGAUGAUAACUUUCUAAGUGCUGUUCUGUCUCCGAGGCCCGCGUCUGAAAUGAUGGGGUCAACUUAUACUGGACAUAGAUCGGUUACAGAAA